GACCCAGGCAGCUUCUUGGCUUGUGGGCCGGGCGGCCGGUGUGUGUGAGGGAAAGCGGGUGCGACUGCGGGAGGGCGCCCUCCGGAGCCGGAGCCCCCCUGCGGCCGCCGCGACCUCGCCCAGGGUCGUCGGGCGCCUCCUGCCCCGCCCCGCGCCGCGCGGCCCCCGCCGCCCUCCGCGCCGCUGCCGAGUGGACUGUGACCCGGCCGCGCUCUGCCGGUGCCGGGCCGGCUCGCGCGGGGCAGCUUUCACCUACCCAGGAAGUUUCCUCCAACAGGGCCGCACGCAUCCCAGUUAUCAAGUGGGAAUUCUGUAUAUGAAAAAUACUAUAGACAGGUUGAUACAGGCAAUACUGGAAGGGUGUUGGCUUCUGAUGCUGCUGCUUUCCUGAAAAAAUCAGGGCUUCCAGACUUGAUACUUGGAAAGAUUUGGGAUUUAGCUGACACAGAUGGCAAAGGUAUCCUGAACAAACAAGAAUUCUUUGUUGCUUUGCGUCUUGUGGCAUGUGCCCAGAAUGGAUUGGAAGUUUCACUAAGUAGUUUGAACCUGGCUGUUCCUCCACCAAGAUUUCAUGAUACCAGUAGUCCUUUGCUAAUCAGUGGAACCUCUGCAGCUGAGCUCCCAUGGGCUGUAAAACCUGAAGAUAAGGCCAAAUAUGAUGCAAUAUUUGAUAGUUUAAGCCCAGUGAAUGGAUUUCUGUCUGGUGAUAAAGUGAAACCAGUGUUGCUCAACUCUAAGUUACCUGUGGAUAUCCUUGGAAGAGUUUGGGAGUUGAGUGAUAUUGACCAUGAUGGAAUGCUUGACAGAGAUGAGUUUGCAGUUGCCAUGUUUUUGGUAUACUGUGCACUGGAGAAAGAACCUGUGCCAAUGUCCUUGCCUCCAGCCUUGGUGCCACCAUCUAAGAGAAAAACGGUCAGUAUAUCAGGCUCUGUGCGGUUGAUCCCCUCUUCAGCAUCAGCCAAGGAAUCUUACCACUCCUUACCAUCUGUAGGCAUUUUACCUACCAAAGCACCAUUAAGACAGUGGGUUGUAUCCCCUGCAGAAAAAGCUAAAUAUGAUGAAAUCUUCCUGAAAACUGAUAAAGAUAUGGACGGAUUUGUGUCUGGAUUGGAGGUCCGUGAAAUAUUCUUGAAAACAGGUUUACCUUCUACCUUACUAGCCCAUAUAUGGUCAUUAUGCGACACCAAGGACUGUGGGAAGCUUUCAAAAGAUCAGUUUGCCUUGGCUUUUCACUUAAUCAGUCAGAAGUUAAUCAAGGGCAUUGAUCCUCCUCACGUUCUUACUCCUGAAAUGAUUCCACCAUCAGACAGGGCCAGUUUACAAAAGAACAUCAUAGGAUCAAGUCCUGUUGCAGAUUUCUCUGCUAUUAAGGAACUAGAUACUCUUAACAAUGAAAUAGUUGACCUACAGAGGGAAAAGAAUAAUGUGGAACAGGACCUUAAGGAGAAGGAAGAUACUAUUAAACAGAGGACAAGUGAGGUUCAGGAUCUUCAAGAUGAAGUUCAAAGGGAGAAUACUAAUCUGCAAAAACUACAGGCCCAGAAACAGCAGGUACAGGAACUCCUUGAUGAACUGGAUGAGCAGAAAGCCCAGCUGGAGGAGCAACUCAAGGAAGUCAGAAAGAAAUGUGCUGAGGAGGCCCAACUGAUCUCUUCUCUGAAAGCUGAAUUAACUAGUCAGGAAUCGCAGAUCUCCACUUAUGAAGAAGAAUUGGCAAAAGCUAGAGAAGAGCUGAGCCGUCUACAGCAAGAAACAGCAGAAUUGGAGGAGAGUGUAGAGUCGGGGAAGGCUCAGUUGGAACCUCUUCAGCAGCACCUACAAGAUUCACAACAGGAAAUUAGUUCAAUGCAAAUGAAACUGAUGGAAAUGAAAGAUUUGGAAAAUCAUAAUAGUCAGUUAAAUUGGUGCAGUAGCCCACACAGCAUUCUUGUAAACGGAGCUACAGAUUAUUGCAGCCUCAGCACCAGCAGCAGUGAAACAGCCAACCUUAAUGAACAUGUUGAAGGCCAGAGCAACCUAGAGUCUGAGCCCAUACACCAGGAGUCUCCAGCAAGAAGUAGUCCUGAACUACUGCCUUCUGGUGUGACUGAUGAAAAUGAGGUGACUACAGCUGUUACUGAAAAAGUUUGUUCUGAACUCGACAAUAAUAGACAUUCAAAAGAGGAAGAUCCAUUUAAUGUAGACUCAAGUUCGCUGACAGGUCCAGUUGCAGAUACAAACUUGGAUUUUUUCCAGUCUGAUCCUUUUGUUGGCAGUGAUCCUUUCAAGGAUGAUCCUUUUGGGAAAAUCGAUCCAUUUGGUGGUGAUCCUUUCAAAGGUUCAGAUCCAUUUGCAUCAGACUGUUUCUUCAGGCAAUCUACUGAUCCUUUUGCCACUUCAAGCACUGACCCUUUCAGUGCAGCCAACAAUAGCAGUAUUACAUCGGUAGAAACGUUGAAGCACAAUGAUCCUUUUGCUCCUGGUGGAACAGUUGUUGCAGCAAGUGAUUCAGAUAAACAGACCAGCUAUCAUUUGGGAUGGGAGAGCAGAAAAUUUGAGGAAGCCACAGACCCCUUUGCUUCUGUUUUUGGGAAUGAAUCAUUUGGAGGUGGAUUUGCUGACUUCAGCACAUUGUCAAAGGUCAACAAUGAAGAACCUUUUCGUUCAGCCACAUCGAGCUCUGUCAGCAACGUAGUGAUUACAAAAAAUGUAUUUGAGGAAACAUCGGUCAAAAGUGAAGAUGAACCCCCAGCACUGCCACCAAAGAUCGGAACUCCAACAAGACCCUGCCCUCCACCACCUGGGAAAAGAUCCAUCAACAAAUUGGAUUCUCCUGAUCCCUUUAAACUGAAUGAUCCAUUUCAGCCUUUCCCAGGCAACGAUAGCCCCAAAGAAAAAGAUCCUGAAAUGUUUUGUGAUCCAUUCACUUCUGCUACUACCACUACCAAUAAAGAGGCUGAUCCAAGCAAUUUUGCCAACUUCAGUGCUUAUCCCUCUGAAGAAGAUAUGAUCGAAUGGGCCAAGAGGGAAAGUGAGAGAGAGGAAGAGCAGAGGCUUGCCCGACUAAAUCAGCAAGAACAAGAAGACUUAGAACUGGCUAUUGCACUCAGCAAAUCUGAGAUAUCAGAAGCAUGAAGAAUUCUCUUGUUCUUUGGCAACAAUAUAGUACUCUUCUUCCUGAAUACUGAAACUAUUUACAAUGUGUAUCAAAACUACCUGUGAGCAUGGGAAUACAAAAGGUUUGACAUUCCUGUAAAUGUGACAAAAUUUUAGGAUUUUUUUUUUCUUCAUUACAGAUUCGUCUUUUUUUUUUUUUUUUCUUAUAAAAGCCGUAACCCAGUCAGACAAAUUCACCUUCACUUAGGCCCCUGUUCUGGUAUACAUUUACUGUGAGCUUUUGCCUGCCUGUGCUAUUUUACUUGUAAAGCUAGAGCACCCAAGCUUCUGCCUUCUGGAAUAUAGAGAAAUAGUUUCACCCUGCACUACCCUGUUCUGUAGUUAUUCUGAUGAUAGCCAGUGAGGUUCUUAAAGUUUGCAGUAUUCUCCCCUGAUUGGAAUGGUUGAGUGAGGGUAAGGGAAAGAAUAUCUUAUUUCUUUUAUGAUUGGUGCAAAUUGGCUAAAGUGCAUUUUUAAAUUUCCUCUACUUAAUUUGUUUUUUAGAGAUAAGGAAAAAUAUUUUGCACAGAUUUACUCCACUAUGGAAAAGGGAUGCUUUAGGUUGAACCAUUAUAGUCUCAGAUUCGAUCUUUUCCUAACUAAAAAUAUUAAAGCCUCAUGUGUGAAAUAAAUUUUUAAAAAGAUUUAUCUGGAUUUAGAGAAUUUUAGAUCAACAGAUACCUCUCAGUGUGUUUGCUAAUUAAUAAAAAUCAGUUUCUUACAAAUAAAGUUUGUAAGAAAAUGUUCAUUUUAAGUGAUAGAUAGUGGAGAAAAUUUAUCACCUAAAAUAUACCCAUCAGUAUAAGGCAAGCAAAAGUCUUAACAUGGCAGCCAUUCUGCCUUUGCCGUGGCCCUGUCCUGUUUGGUUCUUAGUGGGUUAAUUUUUGUACUUUUGCAGAAGAAACUUCAGCAAGCUAGAACUGGAAGGUACUUUAAUUUUUCAUAUAUAUUUGUUUUUUUUUUAAUGAAGGCUCAUUUACUUGAAAUGUAAAAACUUUCACUGAAUACAAAUAGAAAAAGUGAUGUGUUUUAUAUCAUAUUGCUUUUUGUCCAUCUUUGUGGUUUAGUUUAUUUACUCACUUCAUGUUUUUCACCUAUAAAAUUGUCAAGCUAGCAAAAAAACUCUUGUUUUUUUAAUUGGGAGAGAAGAGACCUACCAGAUUAUCAAACCUCUUCAUGUUAAAAGACCAUCUCCUGUAAAACUGACCUAGUGGACAAGCUGAAUUUGAAAUAGACUGUGAAGUAAGCUGUAACUUGUCAUUUUAAUUUUGUUUAACACGGUUACUGACUUAGAUGAUGUAUUGAAUACCAAGAUAAAGAAAAAUGCACCUAAAAUCUAAUUAGAAUUCUCUGGGUCACCAAGUCAAGGUGGUAUUGAUCUGUGUUAAUCUGAGUAACUUAUUGCCUAGCCUAUAAAUAAAUUCCAAAAUAUCCAAUUCAUUUCUUCUUGAAA